AUUUUUUCCGGAGAGUAAACAGAAGUCGGCUUUUCGCGUGAGUUGCCUAUCCCUGAUCUGAGGAAAAAUUUAAUUCGCAAUUCGAACAUAUCUGCUAAAUUUUGUAACGUUCGGUGCCGAAUCCGCUUUCUAAACAAGAUGUCUCACUCAGUUACAGUUACGAGGACAACAACAACAACUUCAGCAACGGCAAUUAUUUUGAAUACUGGAAUAUUAAAGACUCCAUCUGGUUUGCUUAAACUCUUCGAAACGAUUAUUGGUGCGGUAUGUCUCGGUUUGAUAGCCUACUAUUCGAGCGGUCAUGGCAAUUGGAGAGGUUUUGCUGGAGAUCCUGAACAUACUUUAUUUUUCAUUGUCACUUUUGCGUUCCUGGUGACUACUUUCCUUAUGCUACUGUCAUUCUUGAUUUCACUGAUGGCUGCUUCCAUCUUGCCUAAAACUAUCUUCGAGUUUCUGUAUCAUCUUUUCGCUUUCAUCUUUUACAUUAGCGCCAGUCUGUCCUUGUUAAUCACUGUGUCCAACAAGUAUCGCAGAACUUACGAUUACGAAGGGAAAAUGGCUGCCGCAGUCCUGGGUCUUAUCAACUCGGUGUUGUACUUACUGAGUACCUUCUUCUCAUUCCGGACCUACAAGUCUGGUUAAAUUACAUCACAUGCUUCUGGAAAGACGUAGAGAUAUCACAACAUCAAAGAAGAGAUAACAAUAAUUACUGUAUAUUACUGCUGUCAAAUUACAGUUGCGUAAAAACAUUCAUUUGAGAACCUUAAUAUUUGCUUGAAGGAAGUGUCUGUCUAUAAAACCAUUUUUGUUCUUUUGGGGAAUUUCAUAGCUAGGAGUAGUUGCACUUGAGAGAAACAACAUUUUGUAAUGAACUUGUACAUAUAUUUUUUUUUCUAUUUGUAAAGCUGACUUGAAAGCAGAAUAAAAUAUAGAAAUCCGUUCUAUGUUUUAAAUGUCUAGCAACAUUAAACUUUCUCUACCUCAAAAUAUGACAGUUCUAUAAAAUGUAGUUAUGUUUUUUGUGAAUAAUGAAUAUUAAAUACUUUUUUAUGAAAAUAACUUAUUUACGAACGAGACUUAGAAAGUGUUUAUACACACACACAUAUAUAUAAAACUUCUUAAUUAACAAAUUUCGGUGCAAAUCUUUUGUAAAAUUCUUUUCCUAAGUAUUUCUAAACACAAUGUAAAAUGUAAUUUUAAUAGCUAACUGCUUUUAUCAUUUAUAUAUUUAAUUGAAUCAAAAACCUGUACAAAAAAUACCAGUAUGGGACAGAAACUAUUCUCAAUUCUUUGAUUUACUAAAAACAAUUUAUAUCACCAGUAUUUGUACUUUAAAAAAAGAAGAAUUUUGAAAUAUUAAGUUGUACAUAUGCUUAUAAUGUUGUUUUAUUGAUUUAAUAUGAAAUACUUUUGUAUUUUUGUCCUUUGACAUAUUUAUAAAUAUUAGAAAUAUUUCAUGAUUAUUAUAUUGCCAUGUCAAGACAAAUACUUACAUAGAUUAAUGAAAUUAUUUGUAUGCUUUUAAAUUUAUUAUGUGUAUUAUAUUUAUUUGGGUUCAUUUAAAAUAUAAAUUGUGUAUGUGAUAAAAUGACAACUUAAUCUUCUUAUCUGAUACACUCGUCGGCAUUAUAUUUAAUGCUAUUUGCAAUGCUUUAUGUAAAAAAAGUAAGCAUAUAGUCUAUUUACAGUACAGUUUACAGUCAAUACAGUUUUUUAAAUCAUAGUGUUUUUCAACCAAAUUGAAAUUAAAACAUUUGAGGCUUUCUUAUGUUUAUAAAAUCUGCAUUUUAAAUAAUUUUCUUAGACUAACAUUUUAAAAACUGUUGAGCUAGUAAUGGUAGUUUUUUUUUAAAUAUAUAGAUAUAGUGUUUAUUAUCAUCUUAAAUAGUGCUUUAUACAAUCAUUAAAUUAAUUUUAAAAACAAAAUCAUGCUAAGAUAAUUAAAAUGUUAAAAUUACCUGUACUAUAUACUUUUAUUAUUUUGUACUUAAUUGCUACAUAUUGAAAUACAAAAAU